CGCCAGACCACGGUGUUGUCUGCCUGACGUGUCGUAUGUGGUUAAAAUUGAGGGCAAAUGCUGCGCUGUUUUUCAUGCUGCGCCUUUGACCAACAAGCAGAACAAUGACAGAACCCACUAAACAGGACAUUUCUGCUAUUUUCAAGCGGCUACGCUCUAUUCCUACGAACAAGGUUUGCUUUGACUGUGCAGCUAAGAACCCCAGCUGGGCCAGCAUCACAUAUGGCGUGUUCCUGUGUAUAGACUGCUCUGGAACCCACAGGUCUCUCGGAGUGCACCUCAGCUUCAUCAGGUCUAUUGAGCUGGAUUUUAACUGGUCGUGGUUCCAGCUGAGGUGUAUGCAAGUUGGCGGCAAUGCCACUGCGAUUGGGUUUUUCAGUCAGCAUGGGAGCACGGCCAGUGCUGCCAAUGCCAAGUACAACAGCCGAGCUGCUCAGCUCUACAGAGAGAAGAUAAAGACUUUGGCCACACAAGCUACCCGAUGCCAUGGCACUGAGCUGUGGCUUGACAGCCAGGCUCCACUCUCGCCAACAUCACCAGGUGACAAACAGGUGGAUUUCUUCAGUCUUCAUGCACAGGGUGUCCCUGAUAAUUUGAAUAUGGCAAAAAUGAGUCUAAGCUCCACUUCAACUAUAGAAAAAGAAGAAGACAAAAAUGGUAAUCCAGAUGAAGGUCCAAGUGUGGACAUGCUCAGUAUUUCUCCAAAAGCAAAUCCAGAGCCAUCCUUGCUUCUCAAAAAGAAGCCAGCUGCUGCCAAGAAAACAUUGGCCUCUAAGAAAGGUGGCCUGGGUGCUCAAAAGGUUAGCAGUCAGAGUUUCUCAGAGCUAGAAAAGAAGGCCCAAGCUGCUGACAAGCUCCGAGAGAAAGAAGAAGGGGCUCAGAGUGCCAGGAUGAAUGUUCAACGCGAGGAAUCCAUCGCUCCAUCACUGAGACUGGCCUAUAAAGAUCUCGAGCAGCAGAGAAAACUAGAGGAGCAGAAGUUAAAGGGAUUGGAGGGGAAGAAGAAGGAGCAGGCUGAGAGACUGGGAAUGGGUUUGGGCAUCAGGAGUGGAGUUUCUCACUCUGUAACAUCCGACAUGCACAUCAUCCAGCAGGAGAAUCCAGUGGGGGCAAAGGCCACCAAAGCGCGGCGGUUUAUGGAUGAGGACAAUGAUGAAGCCAGCUUUAGUUCCAGAGUCUUGUCUCGGUUUGAGGAUGAGACGGAAACAUCGGAUAGUUUCUCCUCGAGGUGGGGCGAUGGAGGAGGCUGGAUGAAGGAGAGCAAGAAACCAGAGCCUGAUUUCUACUUGUCCUCUGUUAUAUCAUCACAGGAUGACAGGCCCACAGCGAGAAGAAAACCAGAACCAGUGGCAGACAGUGGAGAAGCUCAGAAAAAGUUUGGAGAGGACGUGAAAGCCAUCUCUUCUGACAUGUACUUUGGAAAACAAGACAACUCUGAGUAUGAAGCCAAAACAAGACUGGAAAGAUUUUCUGGGAGCUCUGCUAUAAGCUCAGCGGACCUUUUUGAUGAUCCAAAGAAACAGAGCGCCGGUUCUUAUCGUCUCACCAACGUGCUGCCCAGUGCUCCUGACAUGUCACAGCUUAAACACGGCGUUCGCUCGGUCGCAGGAAAACUCUCUGUCAUGGCCAGCGGCGUAGUGAGCUCAAUUCAGGAUCAUUACAGUUCCUGAGUCACGUUGCUUCAUUCAGCAUUGGUAGUCGUCCUCUGAUAACCAGAGUGAGCUCCUGUUCAAAAGAGUGGUGGUUUCUUGCCUGGGUGGAAAGGGAACACUGCAUCUUUGCUCUGAACAAGUCUGCUCUACGUCUCAUCAAAAUAUGCUCCACAACACGAGAUAACUGAAGCACAACGUUUGUCCUCCUGCAGGCAUCUUGAAUGGAGGUUUGUGUGUGGUGCAUUCAGUUUGCAGUAUAUUGCUUAAGUUGCUUUUGAGGUUUUGGGGGGGAAAUAUUUAGAAAUGCUGUAUGUAGCACUCUGAACGUUUGUGGUGUUAUGAAGGAGGGAUUUAUUUUUUUUAGUUCUUUUAGUUAUCAAGGUUAAAACCCCAGUUCAGUUGUUAGUACUUGCACUCAUCACACACACUCUUCUGUGUCAUAUUGUACUUUUAUUCUUUAGAUCUUGCGCCUUCUCUCUGGUUUAAAGUGUCCUUUUAGUCCCCAAGUGCCCUUACAUUUGCUCUUCCACGGACUGGACCAAAAGUUGAUAACAAGGCCUUGGGUGACCAGACGUUGUUGGGUUUUUGUUUUUUUUUUAUGUCAAGAAUAGUAGAGAUUGAUAUCACUAAGAGUGUGAACCAAUAGCUGCAUAGCUUGGCAUAAAGACUGAAAAUGGAGCUGAACCGAUAGCUUGGUGCUCUCAUGAAGAGAAGAUCCGCUAAUGCUGAGCUAAACUCUGCAGCUUCAUAAGCAGCAAACUAUUUUGCUUUAAAUAACACGCAAUCAAAACAUAGCCGACUUUCUUGUAUAGAUUUUAUAAACUGAUGCUGGCGCCUGUGUUGUCUCCUGGCCUAUUAUCUAAUGGGCUCAUGUGGUGGGAUGCUAUUUUGUAGCGUUUAUUGUUCAGCACUACGUGUCCACUUCAAAGUGAAUGUAAUCGAUCCCUUUACUGUAACAUACAGCCGUUAUCUUUUAUCAUGCCACAGAACAGGCAGCAAUUAGACAGAAAAAGCACUACAUUGGAAAUUUAAAAGCAAUCGAGGAACAGCUUGAUACCUGGUAAUUGCUUUGCCAUGAUUCUAAAUUACUCAAUUCUAUGUUACUGUGCUAAGAUAAGGGACAAGGGUGAAGUCAAGGUUGAACAUCCUCCAGUGUCCAAAUAUGUCCAUACUCCAUCACUUUGCAUUGGAUUCCAAAUAUCUUGGUUUAGCACACCUGUUGUGGAGUCAUCUAGAAAACCUUAUUUGCACAUCAUUUGAUCGACAUUGCACAUGGCAGCUUUUGCUUUAAUGUACUGGUACUGGUAAUUGGACCUUUACCCCUAAGCUGAGUUGCGUCCGUGCUAGACAUUAGUUUGUUGAUCUUGUUUGGGUUUUCUGUUGUCGUCGUCAUGUAUCGGUAAACGUAUCCGUUUGUGUAAGUUGCAUGUCCUUUAUAGCUAUUAGAGCAUACAGACGCACCCUGAAUAUACGGUGACAUAAGGCCACUGGGAUGAAUCUGUUUACUAUGGAUGAAAUAAUGAUGUAGAACAUGACAAACUGCUUCACCCAAUGAUAUAUAAGGCUUUGAAUGAUCAUUUAUAGGAAGCUACUUAUAAUCAAAUGUUGGCCUUUUUGACACGCACUCAAAAUGUAGGUGACGUUUUUUGAAAACACACCAAAUAAAUGGCUUUUGCUUCAA